AAGUAGGGGAGUCCAUGGACUGGCCCAUUGCCGCUCUGCGGGGGAACGCGGCGAUGCUGGGAGCGGACUGUACCCCCAGCGUAGAGACUGCCGGACGCUCCGCUGCUGUCAUGGGAGGAGAGUCCUGAAUGCGAGUCUUCUGGGCCAGAGUUCCCGCUCUGGCUCCGCACUCGCUGUGUGGCCGUGGGCAACUCCUGCCCUCAGUGUUUCCCACCUGGGAAAUGGUCGGAGCGCCCGGUUCUCAGGUCUCGGGCACUCCUGAGAGGAUAGUAAGGAAGAAGUUUAUAAGCUGUUGCCCAAAGAGGAAGUUGAAGAGUGAGUCAGAGAAAGCCUUGCAGCUCAUACACAACAUGGACUUACGCACGAUGACACAGUCGCUGGUGACUCUGGCGGAGGACAACAUGGCCUUCUUCUCCAGCCAGGGCCCUGGGGAAACAGCACGGCGGCUGUCAAGUGUCUUUGCAGGUGUUCGGGAGCAGGCGCUGGGGCUGGAGCCAGCCCUGGGCCGCCUGCUGGGUGUGGCACACCUCUUUGACCUGGAUGCAGAAACACCGGCCAAUGGGUACCGCAGCCUGGUGCACACAGCCCGCUGCUGCAUGGCGCACCUGCUGCACAAAUCACGCUACGUGGCCUCCAACCGCCGCAGCAUCUUCUUCCGUACCAGCCACAACCUGGCUGAACUCGAGGCCUACCUGGCCGCCCUCACCCAGCUCCGAGCUCUGACCUACUACGCCCAGCGCCUGCUGGCCACCAACCGGCCAGGGGGACUCUUCUUCGAGGGCGACGAAGGACUCACCACAGACUUCCUGCGCGAGUAUGUCACCCUGCACAAGGGCUGUUUCUACGGCCGCUGCCUGGGCUUCCAGUUCACGCCCGCCAUCAGGCCAUUCCUGCAAACCCUCUCCAUCGGGCUGGUGUCCUUUGGGGAGCACUACAAACGCAACGAAACCGGCCUCAGUGUGGCCGCCAGCUCCCUCUUCACCGGUGGCCGCUUUGCUAUCGACCCAGAGCUGCGUGGGGCUGAGUUUGAGCGAAUCACUCAGAACCUGGACGUGCAUUUCUGGAAAGCCUUUUGGAAUAUCACUGAGAUCGAGGUGCUAUCGUCUCUAGCAAACAUGGCAUCAGCCACCGUGAGGGUAAGCCGCCUGCUCAGCCUGCCACCGGAGGCCUUUGAAAUGCCACUGACCACUGACCCCAAACUUACAGUCACCAUCCCACCCCCCUUGGCCCACAUGGGCCCUGCACCAGUCCUCGUCAGGCUCAUCUCCUAUGACCUUCGUGAAGGACAGGACAGUGAGGAGCUCAGCAGCCUGGUGAAGUCUGAGGGUCCUCGGACCCUGGAGCUUUGGCCACGCCCACAGCAGGCACCCCGCUCUCGGUACCUGGUCGUGCAUAUCCAUGGUGGUGGCUUUGUGGCCCAGACUUCCAAGUCCCACGAGCCCUACCUCAAGACCUGGGCCCAGGAGCUGGGCGUCCCCAUCCUCUCCAUCGACUACUCCCUGGCCCCAGAGGCCCCCUUCCCCCGCGCGCUGGAGGAGUGCUUCUACGCCUACUGCUGGGCCAUCAAGAACUGCGCCCUGCUCGGCUCAACAGGCGAGCGGAUAUGCCUCGCAGGGGACAGUGCAGGCGGGAACCUCUGCUUCACCGUCUCCCUUCGGGCAGCAGCCUACGGGGUGCGGGUGCCAGACGGCAUCAUGGCAGCCUAUCCAGCCACAAUGCUGCAGCCCACCGCCUCUCCCUCCCGCCUUCUGAGCCUCAUGGACCCCCUGCUGCCCCUCAGCGUGCUUUCCAAGUGUGUCAGUGCCUAUGCUGGUGGGGAGACAGAGGACCCCUCCAACUCAGACCAGAAGGCACUGGGCAUGAUGGGGCUGGUUCAGCGGGACACAGCCUUGCUCUUCCGGGACCUCCGCCUGGGAGCUUCCUCGUGGCUCAACUCCUUCCUGGAGCUGAGUGGGCGCAAGUCCCCCCGAGACUCAGUGCCCAUAGCAGAGUCUAUGCGGCGCAGUGUGUCUGAAGCAGCGCUGGACCAGCCUGAGGACCCACAGGGCACGGACUCCCUCAAGAACCUGACACUGCAUGACCUGAGUCUCAAGAGCAGCUCCGAGACAUCAGGCACCUCUGAGCUGUCCCUGUCAGCGGAGACACUUGGUCCCUCCAAGUCCUCAGACGUCAACUUCUUACUCCAGCGUGAGGAUACAUCAGAGGAGGCUGAGGCCCAAGAUGAGCUGAGCCCCGAGGACAGAGGCCGGGGAAUUCGUGCCACUUUCCCUAAGGGCUUCCGCCCGAGGCGCUCCAGCCAAGGCCCCACUCAGAUGCCCAUCUACUCAUCGCCCAUCGCCAAGAACCCCUUCAUGUCACCACUGCUGGCACCUGAGAGCAUGCUGCAGACCCUACCGCCUGUACACAUCGUGGCAUGUGCGCUGGACCCCAUGCUAGACGACUCCGUCAUGUUCGCGCGGCGGCUGCGCAGCCUGGGCAAGCCUGUGACGCUGCGCGUGGUGGAGGACCUGCCGCACGGCUUCCUGAGCCUGGCGGCGCUGUGCCGGGAGACGCGGCAGGCCGCCGCGCUGUGUGUGGAGCGUAUCCGCCUGGUCCUCACUCCGCCCGGCACCACCGCGCCCGCCGCACCGGUCUGAGCCUCGGACCAGCCAGGCCGCGCGGUACAGGGGGGCGGGGAGUGGGGGGCGGCACUAAAGGCCUCUUGUUCCCACCUGCCUCGGCAGCCUCUUCGUGAAUACUGUACUGCAUCUGCCCCGGAGGAGGGCCGCGGGACGGGGUGGGCUGUGCCUUAAGUCGGACGGUGCGGGAGGCCCGGGAGUGAAACCCUGGCCUGGAGGAAGGGGCGCACGCAGACCAGUCACAGCUGGACCUGUACUCCACCACUGCCUUCCACUGCGGCUGCAACCGGUGCUGGGGCGGGGCCUGGCCCUACCUGCGG